CCGGAAGCAAAUUGAACCCCAUCCAAAAAGACUAAAUUAAUUUGCUCGCUCCCGACAGCUAAGAAACGGGAAGGGAUCUCAUCAUCAUCAUCGUAAAGUUUGCCAGAUGACCGCCCAAGGUAGUGGUAGCACCAGUGGUGGAAGCGGCGGCAGCAGCAGCAGCGGCAAAAGUGUCCAUGGGAUUGCGGCGCUGAGCGAUUCGGUGUUGGGGUCGAUUGGGAAGUCUGUUCCCCCUUCUGAGACGAUCGAUCAUUCUGUGAGAUACUUUGGGACUUGGUCUGGAAGCGACAAGCUUAUGAUGACGGCUGAAUAUACCGCUAAGCUCCUAGCGCCAUUACUGGAGUUCAGGGCCACAUUACAGUUCAGUAAUGGUUUAAGAGACAAACCGAUCUCUCCUACGGCAAAGGGAUUGCAGAAGUUCGCUGGGACGCUCAGCGCCGCGAGACGGGUUUCGGGUUUAUGGGGUGUACUCCCAAUCAUCAAAUGGAUCUCAGCAAUCGAGCGCUCUCAUCCGGCCUCUCGCUCAAUCCAAACUAUCGAACGCGCACAAGCACUCUCCAUGCUAGCCUUCUACACUCUAGAAAACCUCUCCUUCUUCACCUCCGCUUCUGCCCCCGUUCUUGCUAAGUACUUCUCACCCCGUGUGAGCAGUAAAGCCUCUCUGUGGAGCCUUCGUGCCUGGGCGGUUUAUACCAUCCUUCAGCUGGCUCACCUAAAGGCCGAUUGGAAGCAAUUGAGGAGGAAGGAAAGAGUGUUAGGGAAGAGUGCGGUGGGUGAGACGACGGACGUGGAUGUGCUUGCCUUGAAGAAGCAGAAGACUGCUAUCUUAAUGUCUGCCAUUGAGAACUUGGCAUUUUUACCCCUUACAAUUCAUUGGUCAUUUGGAGGGAGAAUUUUCGAGUCUGAUCUUCCUAUCAACUUGCUCAACUUGGUCGCUGCACUGGCAUCUUUCAAUGCCGGCUGGGAUGCCACUGCAUUACCAGUUCCUAUCCGGUAACUCAGGUAGGACAAGAUGAUGAGACCUCUUUCGAUGGGAGGACAUCCAAAGACUAAAAUGGAGUCACAGCUCAUUUUUGUAAUUGCAAGACCUAAUAUAAUCCUUCCUGUGGGCGGAACGUAUUCAAUGCCUCGGCAAUGACCUUAGCGAAUGCAGAUGUGGGGAUUAGAGUCGCGUAAAAAAUAUUAGAAUUGAUGACUAGAUAUGCAGACUCAGUCUCAAUAUGUAAUUAUCCUUUACCUAGAUGCGCAGACUGUAACAUGAAAGAUACAUGAGUUUCUGUGAU